UUUGUCAUUGAUUUAAUGAAAAAAAAAUAAUGGAAUUGAUGGUAAAAAGAAAAAAAAAAAAAGAAACCACAGCCCAGGUACUAAAUUGAUACACUUUAAAUCAUAGAUAGUACAGUGAGGAACUGCGAAACUACAGGGUGGUUUUUGAAGUUUUCCAAAUUUAUACGACUCUCUCUCUCUCCCUCCUAGACUCGCCUUCCCUCCUCAUCCGUGUACUCCCGCUGUCCCGCAUAAAACCAAAAUAUAGGAUGCUCAAAUAUGCGGCCGCCAGACCCAAACCGACUACGCUAACCCAACAACUCCCCCAACGCUCCCCAAUCGUACGGAACCCCACCAUCGUCGACGAGGAAGACGUCCGCAUACUCGGGCUUCUGCGGAAAUGCAGGUCCCCGGGCGCCGUGCGGCAGGUCCACGCCCGCAUGGUGGUGGCGUCCGUACGGAGACCCAACCACCUCCUAGCCAAGAUGGUCGAAUUAUGCGACCGCCGCUACGCGUCGCAACUCUUCUCCCACAUCCCCUCCCCCACCGGCUUCGCCUACAACCUCAUGAUCCGCGGCCUCACCGUCUCCUGGUGCGACCCCAUCUCCGCCCUCCGUUUCCUCCGCGACAUGAUCCGCGCCGGCCAUCGCCCCGACCGCUACACCUUCCCCUUCGCCCUCCUCGCCGCCGCGCGCGCGCGCCGCCCCCGCUGCGGCCGAGCCGCCCACGCCGCCGCCGUCAAGGCCGCGCCGCGCGCCGCCGCCAACGACCACGUGCAGCACUCGCUGAUCACGAUGUACGCGCGCUGCGGGCGCCCCGGCGACGCGCGCAGGGUGUUCGACGAAAUCCCCCGCAGGGACCUCGUCUCGUCGAACGCGAUGAUCUCGGGCUACGCGAAGGCGGGCUGCGCCGCGGAGGCGGUGGCGCUGUUCGCGGCCAUGGCGGGGGAGGGGUGGGAGCCGAACGGGGUGACGCUGGUCGGCGUGCUCGCGGCGUGCGGCGACCUGGGGGACUCGAGCCUGGGGCGGCGGCUGGAGGAGUACGCGGGGAGGGGCGCGCGGGGGUCGGAUCCGUUCGUCGGGUCCGCGCUGAUCGACAUGUACGGGAAGUGCGGGGAUCUGGCGGCGGUGCGGAGGGUGUUCGAUGAGAUUCCGGCGAAGGAUACGGUCGCUUGGAACGCGAUGAUCACGGGGUAUGCGCAGAAUGGGAUGUCCAACGAAGCGAUUGCAUUGUUCCUUUCCAUGGCAGAGGCGAACAUCAAACCCGACAAAAUCACAUUGGUCGGAGUACUCUCGGCAUGUGCGGCAGUUGGAGCCAUAGAACUAGGCAUAAAAUUAGAUGAAUAUGCCUUACAAAAUGGAUUGUACCACAAUGUCUAUGUAGGCACGGCCUUGGUCGACAUGUUUGCUAAAUGUGGCAAUCUCGACAGAGCUAUCCAUGUCUUUCACAACAUGACCCAAAAGAACGUGGUCUCUUAUAAUGCCAUGAUCUCCGCCUUAGCCUUACACGGACGAAGCUGUGAGGCCAUUCUACUUUUCAAGCAGAUGAGAAAUGAAGAAGGGAUUUUCCCAGAUGAUAUCUCCCUUAUCGGUGUCCUUUCAGCUUGUGUUCAUGCUGGAUUGGUCGACGAAGGCCGUCGGUGGUUCAAUUCCAUGGUUUCCGAGUUUGGUUUAGCUCCAAAGGCUGAGCAUUACUCUUGCAUGGUUGACCUUUUGGCCCGCGCUGGGCAUCUGGAAGAAGCGUGGGACUUUAUUGAAAAAAUGCCGGAGAAAGCCGAUGCGGUUGUUUUAGGGGCUUUGCUUAACGCUUGUCGAAAAUGUAAGAAUGUGGAAAUCGGAGAGAGGGUCAUGGAGAGGAUUUUACAGGUGGAACCUUCGAAUUCAUGGAAUUACUUGGUUUCUUCUAAGAUAUAUGCGAGCUCGAAUAGAUGGGAUGAUUCUGCAAGGAUGAUAGAGUUGAUGAGAGAGAGAGGUGUGAGCAAGACUCCCGGUUGUAGUUGGGUUGAGAUUGAUGGCAAAGUCCAUGAAUUUUAUGCUGGUGAUGACUUGCACCUGUGCACCGAGGAUAUCUAUCAAACCCUCAUCGCAUUAGUGGAGGAGAUGAAGUUAGAAGGAUACAUACCAAACAUUUAUCUUUCUUAGGAUGUAUGUUAAGUUAAUCAAAUGCAAAUCUUGCACUGAUGGAUCCUCUACGGGCUUUUCUGACGACGUGUUCAAAUUGGUGUGCAGAAGCUGUACUUCGGAAAAAAGGAUUUUCUUUCCAGAACAAUUUUGAUGGAAAUGGAUGAAGAUCAGAAUGCAACACAGAAUAGCGCCAAAGCCUCGAAGAAUAAGAUGAUAAUUAGACGACUUGAUUUAUUGCCUUCGAAAUCAGCUUGCAGGUAGCUCCACUUAUCAUCAGAAACCUGGUUGCUCUAAGAGCAUUUCAAUAAUGAGCAUGCGUCAGAGAUGCCCCGCUGUACCAUCCCAAUAGGCCCCACAUCAGAUAUUACGAAGAGAAUCAAAGGAUUAUGUAUAGACUGGCAUCUUCUGUUAGUAAAUUAAAUUUGAGCAUUUCGGGUCUCGUUGUAAAGAUCUAUUAUGUUGCUUGUAUCGGAGGGCUUGUGCGGUGAAGAAGACCGUCAGCGGGAUUGUGAGGAUAAGAGAAGGGGAUUGCAGGCAAUAAGCAUAACAUGUAAGAUAAGAUUGAACAGGCAGGAUUCUUAUUCUUUUUAUUGGUUGUAUCAUUAACAUAACAAAGUUAUAAAUGAUGUGCCCAUAUUUGUUUCCCUUGGAUACCAAGGCAGAAAAUGUUCAUUCCAAUUUCUUUCUUUUGUUGAAGUGUGGCUGUAAUCUGUUUGGUGCCAUACCAAACAACAAAUUGCGAGUUUACUUUUUUUUUUUUUUUGGGAAACUUGUGUGUGAAUGUACAUGUAUCUUCUGCAAAAGAAAUAAGAGAAUAGAAGGCUGUUGAAGUUAACUUCUCA